UGCUGUAAUUCCACUCUGUGCACUCAAACAUACCAGAAGCCGCAGGGAAUCCAAGACAGUCCAGGCAUAGAAGGCUGCUAGAGCCAGGAACCCAAAGGGAAUAGGUGCAGAGAAUAGAAUCUGUGAAGGAUGUCAUCUUUUCCAAUAUUUAACUUUUUUUUGGUGACUUUGGUUCUUUUAGCAAAGAGCAACACACUGGAGGAGGACAAAGUAAACAUGUUAGUGAUUUUACCUAAGGAUAACACCUAUAUGUUCUCCAUUGAUAGGGUUAAGCCUGCCAUUGAAUAUGCUCUGAGAUCUGUUAAGGGGAAUGACUCUUUGUUGCCAGGUGUAACUUUCAGUGUCACAUAUCAAAAUUCUGAUUGCGGGAACACGGCACUGUUCAAUCUAGUAGACACAGCUGUCCAGCAGAAACCUGAUGUGAUCCUUGGUCCUGUGUGCGAGUAUGCAGCCGCCCUGGUGGCCAGGCUGGCCUCUCACUGGAAUAUACCCAUGGUUUCGGCCGGUGCUUUGGCAACAGGUUUCACCCACAAGGCUGAGGAAUACACGCAUCUAACUAGAGUGUCACCUGCCUACUCAAAGAUGGGAGAGAUGUUUCUGGCCAUGUUCAAAUACCACCAAUGGGAUAGGGCUAUGCUCCUCUACAGCGAUGACAAACUGGAGCGUAACUGCUAUUUCACUAUAGAAGGGGUUCACCAAAGCUUCAAAGAAGAAGGUUAUACCAUGAACGUCCAGGACUUUGAUGAAACUAAGCACGUGGAUGCUGAUGGGAUUGUGCAUUCCAUUAAGAGUGAAGGGGAGAGAGUGGUGAUAAUGUGUGCAAGCAGUGACACUGUAAGGAACAUCAUGUUGGCUGCUCAUCGACAAGGCAUGACCAACUGUAAUUGCGUCUUCUUCAACAUAGAACUAUUCAACAGUUCAACCUACGGUAAUGGCUCUUGGAAGAGAGGAGACAAGUAUGACCUUGACGCUAAGAAAGCAUACUCAUCCCUCCAAACAGUUACACUACUCAGAUCAGUGAAACCAGAGUUUGAGACUUUUUCCAGCGAGGUGAAGAGAUCUGUUCAGAAACUAGUACUCAACGAUGAUGAUUACGUUAAUAUGUUUGUGGAAGGAUUUCAUGAUGCUAUAAUACUCUAUGCUCUGGCCUUCCAUGAGAUUUUGAAAAGCGGGUUAAGUAAAAAGGAUGGAGCCAAAGUGGUUCAGCAGAUGUGGAACAGGACGUAUGAAGGUAUUGCUGGACCAGUGUCAAUCGAUGCCAAUGGAGAUAGAUAUGGGGAUUUUUCUGUGAUUGCCAUGACCGAUCCAGAAGCAGGCACACAGGAGGUUAUUGGAGACUACUAUGGACUUCAAGGGCGUUUUGAAAUGCGAUCGAAUGUUAAACUUCCGUGGGGUCAUGGAAGAUUAAAAAUUGACUAUCCUAAAACAGAUCAAGGGAAUACGUGCAAAUCAUGUGGCCUUGGGGAAUCAGCCGUUACAGGAAUUGUUGUUGGUGCCUUUUUAGGAACAGGAUUGUUAAUGACGUUCUACUUUUUUAGGAAGAAAUACAGAAUAACCAUUGAAAGACGAAACCGGCAAGAUGACAUCGGAAAACACAGGCAACUUAGAGAAGAUUCCAUUAGAUCCCAUUUUUCAGCAGCAUAAGGAACAUGAUCACAUUCUCUAUUAAAAAGCAACCAAAGACAUCAUUGUGUUAGAUGGGACUUUUAAAUGAACCCAUUCAUCAGAGCAGUAGAAUCCUAUUAUUAUAAUUAUUAUUUUUUUUAAUUUCUAUUAGAAACUCAGGAACACUUUACUAAUCAAAUUAUGCCACAUGGCCUUUCAUCUCGUGAGGGAAAAAAGAGACGCCUUAAAGAGACACGGUUAAAUGCUUAAGUAAGUUCCUAAAAUAGGUGGUUACCUAUUGUUUAUUGUUGUGUGCAUUUCAUUUUGAGUUGUAAAAGACCUUCUUCAUUUUGGUCCGUGGAUGCUAUUUCGUGGUUAAGGUUUGAAAUCAGCACUUUAAGCUUUGAGUU